UUGCAGCUUUUCUGAUGAAAUCUCUCUUGCUUUAGCUCCGCGGCUAGCGAGCACAACGGCGACGUCAACGAGUCUGAAUACCAAGUAUUUCUAUUUAAAACGAAUUAAAAGUGAAACCCCUUCUUUUUAACUUCAAGGAGAUCGCUUUGACUCGAUUUUGAUGGUACAGCCGUUUUUUUUCUCCUUCAAACUUACAGUAUUUUUUUCCGAAAAAACGCGGCAGCUGGGCUCGAUUGAGGAGGUGACAGAAGACUGACAGUUGAAGAACCGAGACUCGCUUCCACUCAAACGGCAAAAUGGCUUUUGUUUCAAGCUUUCCUUUGGAGUAUACCAGCCUAUCUUACUCUUACACCACCUCUAAAUGCCUUUCCUUCCCUUCUGCUGUUUCUACAGUCCCUUCAAACCGAAAUAAUUGGUGUUAUUUUCCUCAGGACAGCACGGUUGGCGUUAACACUGCGGUCAAUAUGGACGCUAAAGCUAUUCGCGCGAGCCGGCUCGGACUCAACACAGUCUAAACGACAUGGACUCUUUCAUUUACCCCGGAGAAUAUUUAUCAAUACUCAUGGAUGGUGUUAAGGGCUGAAAGGAAUGAGAAAGCUGAGCGUUUUAGUUUUUUGUAGCUAACAUUUAGCCAUACAUUAAAGCUUGGUACUAGCUGCGUUAGCCAGCUAAGCCUUAUAAGGCCAUAUUUAGGUUGCAUUAGAAACUGUUCUGUAUAUUAUUAACAUUCAGAGACAUUUAAACUUCUAAACCGGAGCACUUUUAUGCAAAUGAAUUCAAAACAGUGUGUUUAACGAGCCACUUCUAAAGGAAGUAACUUGUUAGUUUGUUUCAUUUUCGUUAAGCUUGUGUGGUUCAGCGCAUUUCAUAUUUUUCAGAAGUAUGAGUACACAUCGACACUUUUCUCCAGGGGACACGCGGUCCGCGCGUGACAGUGACGACCGCACUGACAGCUCGUGGAUAAACGUGUUCUCUCUGGUCUCCAGGCCUGCGUGGUCUCUCCUGCAGAGAUAUUUACCAGGAAGAACCCAGACUGCAUUUGAAAUGAAUUCAAAUCUAGAUAUCGGAAACUCUCUGACCCCUUUAAAAGUUGCAUACCUCCACUGCCAGCAUGAAAACGUGGCGCAUGCGUCUUCCGGAGAUCCGGGGACCCUUGCCUGGUUCACGCACGAUUCGUUGAGCGAACUGGGAAUUCAGAACACCUCCCAGAAGGAUUUCAAUCUUCAAAAGCAGGCAUCGGUCGGAUACCUCGGAACGGCGAGAAACUUGCUCAGCCAGGCGUUUACGAACACGCAGGAAAAAAGGCGCGCGGGAGGCGAGCGCGCAAAACCAGAAAGCGGAUGCGAUUUGUGCCCGGAUACGGCGUCCGUGCGAUCCACUAACAGCUGGUGGUGGAGUGGUUUUUGGGAGGCCGACGACAGACCUCAAAACUUGCUGCUAAAUGUAGCACAAAGCAUAAAAGAGACUGAUACGUGCUGGCAGCAUUGUGGAGAACAUCACAGUGUCGGCUAUUGUCAAAGCCGCUCGCCAGCGGGCGUUGCUAUGACGACCGAACUGUGUGUACGUAGCCAUGAUGGACGAUCAAUGCACAACGAAAGCACUGGACCCUUGUGCUCCAAAGAGCUGACCCACAAUGCAAGCCUGCACGUGCCCAAACCAGAAUCCCUGCCCAACUCAUACCAGCUUCCACUAGAUGUCAAGCAGCAACUGCUAGCUCAUAGUAGAGCCUAUAAUGAGGUGGCAGUUCUGACCCCUGACCAAGAUAAUGGCUACUCCAGCUUGGAGGAAGAACACUCAAAUAGUAAACUUCACAUGAAGCUGCUUUCCGAGGAACAGGAGGUGUCGGAAACAGCCGAAGACAACCCAUCUCGGAGUAACACUACGGAGAGUGAGUUUUAUAGUGAACCUAUUGUUUGUGAGGAAGAAAUUAAGGAAAGAGAAAAAGAGGACACUGAGAAGACCACAAAAACAGUUUCAGCUGCUGAAAACGGGUCAUUUUUGGCCACGCCUCAAUGUCAAAACAAGGUCAUUGCUUACAUCAUGGGAAGCCCUUGUAGCGGCGAAUCUGAAUCGGAGGAUGAUGGCGAUUGGGACAGUAAUGACGAUGAUGGCUUUGACAGUGAAGGCUCAUCCCACUUCUCAGAGUCUGAGGACCUGGACGACAGCGACGAUGAAUCUGAGGAAGACUCGGAUGGAGAGGAGGCCGACUCUGAGACUGAGAGGCUGUGGAAUUCUCUGUGCCAAAAUGGGGAUCCUUAUAACCCGAGGAACUUCACAGCUCCUAUAAGGACAGCCUCCCAGCCAAGCCCUGCGACUACAGACUCCUCGGUCUCAGAGUCUCCACCAGCGCAUAUGUCCUCCCAGCGUUCGCCGGCUCCAUCGUCGCCCUCGCUCUCGGAGAACGAGUCCAGCGAAGACACCUGUGAGAUGGAUGAGGAAGAUAAUCAGAGACUGUGGAACUCUUUUAGCUGCUCAGCAGACCCCUACAGCCUCCUCAACUUCCAGGCCCCCAUACAGACUCAGAAAACCCCUAAAGGGUGCCGUAAGGAGAAAGCGCCUGGAACGCCACGCUAUAGGAGAGAGGAGGCUGAGGAGAGGCUGGACAGUGGAUUCUCAGAGAUUUCCCCUGUGCCAUGCUCAAGCAGUGCCACGGCUGUUCAGCUGAGGAAGGUGACAUUUAUGGAAGAGGUCGAGGAGUUCUAUGCCAGCAGCGAUGAGGACCGCCAUGGCCCCUGGGAGGAAAUCGCCCGGGACCGCUGUCGUUUUCAGCGCCGUGUUCAGGAAGUUGAAGAGACUAUCAGCUAUUGCCUUUCUCCAACUUUCCGCCUGGACAUUUUUCAAAGACUCUACAGUACUAGCUAAUCAAAAGCCUUGUUUGUUGUUUGACAGUGUAAACAAUGAAUAAGAAAUAAUAUAUAUAUAUAUAUAUAUAUAUAUCAAUAGUUUAUUUCAGGGCAUCCGGAGGCCCUUAAAUGUUCAAAGGGCUCACAAGUCACAAAUCCAAGUGGAACUCCGUGGUUCCUGCCAGGGAAAGUCACCUCACUCGAGUCGUGCUGAAAUGUUUUGUGCUGAGUGUCGUGUGGAUUUUGGAAAUAUGCAUUUUGUUUUGGUUUUUCUUUCCCACAAGUCACACUGUCCUUUCUAGCCAUUAAUACAAUAGUUUAAUUUUAAGGAGAAAAACAGAUCCUUUAAUCGCAGGAUUCCCCCUAAAAGUUGCAAAAUAACUCUUUUAUCUACUUCAGAGUUUCUCUCAUGCCUAUUGGAAAGUUGAUUUAAUGAUUUAUUUGACUUGGUUUAGUGAUGCACGAACAAUACACAUAAGCGCACUAACUUCACCUCAUUAAGCAACACUAAAUUGCCGUUCAUCUUUCUAUUAGAACUGUAUUAGUACAAAAGUAUUCUUGAGGGAAAGUGAUGUGUUAGCUCUCCAAUCCCUGUUGUUUUCAUCUCGCAGGCCUUCUUAGAAACCCCUAGUGUUGUAACCUCAAAGCCAAAGAUAACAUUCUUCUGCUCUGCAAAGGAUCAUUAAGCCAGGCCUCAGUGUUUGAUGCUACAGGGGCGCACCGGGUGAACCAUCCCCCAGAGUAAUCGCACUUAUUACCCACAUUAAACCUAGUGGUAUUUUGCUGGAGAUGAGAAAUGCUUAUAUCAGUGUCUGUUCCUGUGUUAAGAGUGAAGAUAUAUGGACGUGGGCCUUAGUGCAAUGUAUUUGCAUGAUCCUAAAUGGAAAGAUGUUCUUUUCCCUAUCGCUAUUUAUUGGACACAACCAUUUUACUUAAUCUGUGGAAAUCACUGUCGUGUAACGGGGUUUUUCUCUGUGCUUUGAACUGUGGCAGCUGUGACUAACGUGAAAUAUUGACUAUAAAGGUGAAAUGCAGGGACAAAAUGCAUGGUUUUGAUCUGAACUAUAAUAUGCUUGAUGUUGAAGCAUAAAGGUAAUUUGUUAAUCAGUAUAAUUAACAAAAGCAUUUUAUUUUUGUAAUACAUUUUAGCAUUUAAGCAUCUGUUAUGGGAUUUGUGACAAAAGACUAGUCAUAAUUUAAUUAACAAUCAAUAAAAAGUAAUGCAGGCAAAUUGA